AUGGUUGUCCCUGAAGUGCGUUCAAUAGGGCCUGAAGUGCGCGAAUACACAACGAUGGCAGACACACUCUGUUUGCUUAUUAUCGUUGGUCUCGUCAUCGCUGGCCGUACUGUCGGUCCCGUAGAGCCGGCCAUACGUCGAGCCGUACACAAGCGACUGACUGCGAUGCGGCCGACGCUGACUGAGCGGCCAUCAGUGGUGCGGCCACUGGAGGCCAGCCGUGGUUUUUGUCCAACAUUUGCCGCAAUAUUCCCGACGCUAUUUCGCGCAUCUCUUUGGACAUGGAUUGCUUCCUCUGGUCAGCGGUUUGAGUGCUGCGCCGGCGCCACACUUCUUGGCGGCUGCGGCCGAGGCCUGACCGCCGGCCCCAUUGAGUCCUUGUCCACCGCCGGCGCCGCCAACCGGUGUCCGAAACAACUCGUGAAACUCGAGUUCAAUCAUUCGCAUCCGUGGCGUACCGUCGAGUUGGCGAAGGGUUCGUACAGUUUUGAGGACAAGUCGACCGACGUUUGCGAAAUCAAGUUCGAGCGACCGGUUCUUAUUGGACCUAAUGUUAAGUAUGCCAUCCGACUCAAGAAUCACGGCCCGCGCACUAACAACGGCGACGCCGGACUCACGCAUAUCAGAGGGCCCGACAACACCACCUUCACGUUCAGCGACUGUUCCCUAAGCUUUAACGGCACGAAUCACACGAGAGGACAAAUACCACAACUCCUAUACUAUAGCGCUCCGCAAUCACUGAACUCCGAUUCCAACUACUAUUUGAUGAACGAAGAGAUUCCCCGCAAGAAUGCGAUUGCCAUCACUGAGAGUGUCAUCGGAAUGGCGAUCGAACUGUUAAUUCAGGCCCAGGAAUGUCCCACAUUUGAUCUCAUAUGGAAGAUAUCGUCGUCGCUUCUCAUCAAGAAGUUGUUGCCAUCGGUUUUGGCUUAUUUGUCGCCCAUUGUCUCAUCGGAUCCCAAAAACGCCACACAAAUACUAUCAAUAAUUAGACAAUUGUUACCAUUAAUUGUUUUUCUCAACAAAUCCAAUGAAUAUUGCGUUCCCAAUCGUUCAUUAUCUCCAUUACCGCCGUCCAGUCCAACAGUGACCACAUCCAGACAUUACGCCACUGUAGAGAGCGAUCAUCCGUACAAAUCGGCCACUGUUUGCAACUAUUUAGUCAAAUUCGCGCCGACAGUCAAGUGGAUGUGCAUUGACUUUGACAGCCGGUGCGCCACCGCUCAGCCCGAAGACACUCUCCAGAUAUAUAUUCCCGAAUACAGGGCCACGAAGUGCUGGGAGUCGUCUAAAGUGACCAAAUUUCACGACAACAACAAGUGCUUAUGGCCUGUGCUUAAGAAGUUCAACGGAAAGCCCAACACGUGGCCAACCAAUUGGGUUGUGAUUCCGGGCAAUGAAGUUGUCUUCUCUUUAGAGACCGCUUCCGAUUACGUCAAAGAAGACAAAUCUCUUUAUUACGGCUUCAGAGCCCAAGUCGUCGGUUACGAGAAUCCCAUAACCGAAGGCCUAUAUCUCGGACUCCAAUAUUUGGAACAGGAGUUGACAUAUUUGUCGGGCGUUUGCGUCAAAACAUUGCUGAAGAAGAAUCUCGUUUUACCACAAAUUGUCACCGAAAGCGAAGCCAACUACGAAUCGGCGCUCCAGACAUUUGACUCGCACUCAAGUCUCCUGAGUCGGGGUCUGGCGCUGUCGCGGCCGAUGACCGCCACCGAAGCGAUCGACGGCGUCGUCCCGUUGGCCAACGAACACCCGUUUCUCAAAGACUUCUUAGCCCUAACGCCGGGCACUUCGGGCGCACGACUGGCCAAAUGGUUUCAAUGCGAAUCGUUUGUCGAUCCGAAUCAGUGCGAAGUGCACUGCAGUUGCGGUACCGAUCAGGAGCUACAGUGCGGUUGGCCUACCGUUAUAACAGUGAUCACUCGCGACCAGUACUCCAACAUUGUUAAUGUGCCGAAUCUGAAAGUGGAGGUCAGCGCUCAGCCGUUCAAAAACAACUCCAACAACAGUCAGUCGGCGCCGGAGAACGGCGGACAGGGAGGCAGCGGUACAGCGGGUCCGCCCGUGCAGACUGUCAACUACAGCAUCACCGCCAAAGACAAGGUGUUCUACCACGCGAUCACCAUGAUGAAACAGUUUGAGAACUACUCGUUCGAAGAGCUCCGGUACGUCACGCCCGUGAAGAGACCCACCAUCGAGACAAUGCUCGUCCGGAGUAACAGCGACGGCACCUAUACGGCCAACUGGACGCCCGCCUCCACCGGUUGGUAUCAGCUGAAGAUCACUGUGGAUGGGGUGCCGGUGAGCGCCACUCAAUCGGUUCAAGUCGGUAAACCGCCCAAAGGUGUGUCACUACCGCUGGUGCCCAACGCGGCGGUCAAACCGUCGACCAAGAAGUGUGUGCCCUCUCGGACGAGAAAGUUUGUGGUGCGCAACAGCGCCGGACUCCGGGUGCGAUCGUUGCCGUCCCUCCAGUCGGAACAGUUGGGUGUGAUUGAAGUGAAUGGUGUCAUCACAAUCAUCGAAGAGACCCACAACGACGAUGGGGUGUGGGUUCGACUCAGCCAUCCAUCCAUUCAGAAGUACUGCAAUACGGGCGCAGCGCUGGAGCACAACAUCGAGGGCUGGUCUCUGCAAUACAAUCAACAUUUGGGUAAAACACUUCUGGUGCCGAUCGGCGAACCCAAACCCAUAGUCAUGAGUAACGGCCAGUCGCCGGCCGACGGCCAGAAGACGCGCAAACUGUCCAUCGAUUUGAUGUCCAAUCAGCGCAAGAAGAAGAAGUCAAAGGAAACGACGAAAGCGCCUGAGUUUCCCGGCUUUUAUCACGUGGUAAAGUGCGGCGUUUCCGGCCAUAACAUCCGCAGCAAAGCGAACCUUCGGGCGCCGCCCAUAGGGAUGAUUGUGUUGGGAAACGUGAUCGGAGUGAUGGCCGACACCACCAACUCGUCGGGCACUUGGCUUCGACUCGACGACGAGAGUCUUCGCCGAUACUGUUUCAACACCGAAGGCGAGGGUUGGACUCUCGCCCGCACUAUCAAUGACGUGAUAUAUCUGCAGCACGAGUCGGAAGUGAUGCACAUCACCGACGAAGAGGACAACGAGAACAAAGUGUUUCAAUACACCGGCCAUAAGACUACGUCUGCGUUCAAACAUAACGGCGUGCCGUUUGGCGACCAAUCUCUGGACGACAAGUCCUCGCCGUCCAACAGCAACGCCUGCGCUCUCUCGCAGUCACUAUAUAUCGACAAAACCAUGUCUUCGUUCAGAGACCAGACGAGUAUUAGUCAGUCGUUCGCCAGUGAGUCGGAAGUGGAGUCAAUCGGCGCCGACUCGGCUCUGGUCUCGCCGUCGGUUUACGGCAACACUUUCGCCGAAAUGGACUCGUUUUGCGAUAGCCUUACGAACUCGACCUCAAGUCUCACCACAACUGGCAGUCGAGUGGCGGCGCUUCAGAAACGAUUCCUCACAGACUCUGAGACCAAGAACUCAGCGCUGAGUCCAUCGAAGACGCGAAGCGCUUCGGAGAGUCCGCGCGAAACACCGCCCGAAUUGCAGGGCAUUUGUGUCCGAGAGUUGGUUCGAGCCAUUAGUUGCGAACGAAGCCCCACAACCCCUCCCUCUACACCAUCAAUGUCUUCGCGCACUCCCGUCAGCAGAUCCAGGAGUUCGUCGCCUAACGUGUCCGUCCGGAGCACUCGACGACACACGACGACAGCCAUUCCCAGUCAUCGACCGUCUCUACUGACCAGCGAAUCAAACACUAACGAAAUGAUGUCCAGUCUUGAGACCGAGAAGACGUAUCCGAUUGAUAUCCAGGCGAAG